AUGUCGUUACUUAAGAUACGGAAUGCUCUUUUCGUGGCGGAAACAAGAUACUUGGCGGCGCAAAAGUAUGUUUUCCAAAACCCAAUUCCGAAAUUCGACAUUGAGGCCCCCGGUACCGGCGCCGGUAAAGCUUUCUAUGCUAUCACUGGACCGCAAAAGCUGAACUUCUUGAAUGUAGUGGCUGCAAAAUACAUUCCAGAACCGCCGCUUGGCAGAGUGUACCCACAGUUUAAUGAUCUACACCGCAGUGACCAGAUCCAGCAUCUUAACUUUAAGGAGAACUCUGGUCUUGAUAAGGUCCAUAUGGCUGCAAGAUAUGAGUCAUAUUCAUACAAGGGCAAGCUAGAGAUGUCAGACGAUGUCAAUUCGGUGAUCAACUACGUAACUGGAGCCAACAAUUACAACAGUAACACUGUGGUUUCCAAGAACGACGGAUAUGUGGAUAAACUUUGUGAAUAUUUCAACCUCAACCACUUGCGCAAUAAGUGGAUCAACAGCCUCAGCAAUGGGCAAAUGAGAAGGGCCAGAAUCAGCAAAGCGCUCAUCAACAAACCCCGUCUUAUUGUGAUAGACGACCCUUUCCUUGGCCUCGACCCGAAAGCAACGGAAAAGGUGUCGGAGCUGCUAAGGCGCAUUGCGUUGGAGCUCAAUGCUGGAGUGGUUUUGGGGCUCCGGAUCCAGGACAGUGUGCCCGAAUGGGUCGAUAAUUUAGGCUACGCCGAUGAAUCCGGUUUGACAGUUUGCGGGCCCAAGACCACCGCUAGUCAGGCUAUUGUUGAAAAGCACAAAGACGUUCUCGAGUUACACAAAACGAAGCAAGCUGAAAGUGCCAAAAUUGCGUUUAGGGAAGUUGCGCCUGAAACGUUGAACACCACCACGGUGGAUCCCAUAGUAGAGUUCAAGAAUGCUUUCGUAAGAUACCGGGGCUUGGACGUAUUAAAAGAUUUUACGUGGGGCAUUGAGCGAGGCUCACGUUGGCGCAUUUUGGGAGAGAACGGGCUGGGGAAAACCACCAUUCUCUCCCUCAUCACCGCCGACCAUCCACAGCUGUGGAGGUCUGUGAUUUCAAUUGAUGGCACGUUGCGCAAAACAGGGCAAGGUGUAAGUUACUUUGAUGUGAAUAACCGGAUCGGCAUCUCAUCUCCCGAGCUCCAUGCCACAGUUCCGCCUCGAGCAAUAGCCCACGACGUGGUGUACAAUGGGUUAGUGAGGGAUAUAGGGAAUCUGAACUUCAAGUUCAUUUACAAGCAUCAGCAGGAACUCCCUAAGGAAGCGCAAAAGUUGGUGGAAACGUUUGCGCCAGAGUUGGCCCAGGUUGAAAAUAAGCGAUUCUACGAAUUGACUGUAUCCCAGCAGAAGCUUGUGCUUUUCCUCCGAGCCGCCAUCAAGAACCCAGACAUUUUAAUUCUUGAUGAGGCCUUCUCAUGUAUGGACGAUGAAGCCGUUAUGAACAAAUGCCAUGAUUACAUUGCCCAAGAGAUGCCCCAGACAACUGUCUUAGCCAUUGGGCAUAUUGACUGGGAAGUACCUGCGCACGAGCAUGUAAUUAAGCUUCAUGGAGACCAGCAGAGAGGAUACAGUUUUGCUACCAGGGUAGCGGCAGCGGAAGCGGGCUAA